AUGGCGACACCACCUCUAUUACCACAUACGUGGAAAAUCUCGUAUCAUCUCCCGGCGACACCAAUUUCGCCGGACACCGUCAACGCUGCAUUCUCUGCUCAGACUAGCCUAAGCGGACAAGAUGAUCUUAUGUGUAAAGCUCGUAACAUGUACACAUGGCUCGUUUUAUUCGAUAGCAGUCUCUGCGAUCCGCCACACCGAUCCCCAGACCACUGUUUCAGCGUUCCAACAGCUGCUAUUCCAUUGGAAAAGGCCCUCGUUUAUCCCCAAUACGACUCUGGUUCCGUCUUUGAGAGUGCUUCUGGAAAUGCCGCCCUUCACGAGCUUGAAAUGAAAUAUAGGAUGCCCGAAAAUCAACUUGACGCCGAGUUCAACCAACUUCUUCAAUCCCUUGGGCAACAGAGCUUGGAGUUCUUCGAGCAGGUGUCACGUCUUGUUAGCACCGCCUGUAACGCUUUUGAUCAGCUUCGCAAGGACGUGCCGGGAAUGGCCUCGGAAUGGAGAGGAUGCUGUGCUGGCCUCUACACUUAUCUUGCCAAAGUUGAAGAAUUGCCGCUUCGACUGAUUGGACCAAACCGCAUGUCCAUCAAAACGCUACCACGGCCUCCCGAGGAAGGAUCAGCACCGCCCGCUUCAUUCUCAUUUAGGUCGUUCUCUGAUAAUCCCGCUGGGGAGAAAGGCCUUCAGCAGCACGACGAGAUCGUCGGGGAAGAGAAAUACCGACAGAAAGCUGCCAACUGCUUCUCUAACGGCCAGGCUCUCCCUUGUGGACCGCGGGACAUUGUCCGGUCAAAGCCAUCCAAAGCCACUGCUGCUUCCCUAGCCUUGUGUGGGUGGGUAUAUUACGGGCAGGUGAUGGCUCCGAGCUUCAGCAUCUAUAUUCGAGUGUUCAUCAAGCUUGUGCAGCUGGGAGGGGGAGAGGAAAUGUUCUGA